UCACACCUCAGCUUCACUUCACCCUUGUCUGUGUCGUCCUUCUUCUUCUUCUUCUUCUUUUCAGGCUUCUUUGGAUCAGUCCGUUCUGCAGCCAUGGCCAAAGACAUGACUCUGCUGUGGGGGCCCGGCUCCCCUCCCUGCUGGAGGAUCAUGGUGGCUCUGGAGGAGAAGGGCCUGCAGGGAUACAACAGCAAAAUGCUCUCCUUCGAAAAGGGAGAGCACAAGUCUGCUGAGGUCAUGAAAGUGAACCCCAGGGGUCAACUUCCUUCCUUCACAGUUGGAGGCACUCCCCUGAAUGAGUCCAUAGGCGCGUGCUUUUACCUGGAGGACGUGUACAAGUCCCAGGGAAACAAGCUGAUCCCAGACUGCCCCAAAGAAAAGGCCGUGAUGUACCAGCGCAUAUUUGAGGCCAUGCCACUUAUGGACAAAAUGGCGAUUGUCGUCUACUACGACUAUAAGGUCCCUGAAGGAGAGAGACAUGACUCGGCUGUGAAGAGAAACAAAGAGACUUUGACCGCUGAGUUGAAACUUUGGGAGGAAUACCUGCAGAAGACUCCAGGUGGUUUCCUGGCUGGAAAGACCUUUACAUUGGCCGACGUGGUGCUUUUUCCAGUUAUUGCUUAUCUCUUCCGUAUGGGAUUAUGUGAAAAGCGUUACCCAAAACUGGCAGCAUACCACAGCGCUCUGAAGGACCGACCCAGCAUCAAAACCACCUGGCCUCCCACCUGGAAGGAGAACCCACAGACACAAGAUACACUGAAAGAGAUGUGAGCUCAGCUGACACUUGAUUGCCCCUGCUUAUAAUCAUUCCUAUUGCACUACUCUAGCUGGGUUGCAUUUGAAAGCACAUAUAUUAUUGUUGUUUUGUGUCUCAGUUUUCUUAUAUCCUCCAAUUAAAGCUGCACAUUACUGUGUUUGUGCAUUUUCUCCACUACAUUUAGGCCCUUGUCAUCUCAUAUUUUGGGUUAAACUUUGGAAACCACUUUUUUUAUAAAGGUUGGUGCUACAUCAGAUCAGUUGGAGUGAUCGGCUCUGAUUCAGGGUUUUACUCUUGACACAAAUACGAAAAAAAUUGCAUGGCAGCUAAAUGUCCACACAGUGGAGAACUAUACAUUGCUUUUUAAAUGUUUUGAUAAACUGCUUUGCUGCUGAUGUAUACAAUAAAAAAGUUUCAAAAGCAUCAAAAA